UCCAACCACAGCUUCAUAUACACACACAAAAAUGGCAUCAAUGGCUGCACCCACUGCUAGCUCCACCACCGUGGUUCGAGCCACCCCAUUCUUGGGUCAAACCAGAUCAACUCUGAUCAACCCCCUAAGAGAUGCUGUCUCCAUCCCAAAUGCCAAGUUCACCAUGGGAAAUGAUUUGUGGUAUGGACCUGAUCGCGUUAAGUAUUUGGGACCGUUUUCAGCUCAGACCCCGUCUUACUUGACCGGCGAGUUCCCCGGUGACUACGGUUGGGACACUGCUGGCUUGUCGGCUGAUCCAGAGGCGUUCGCCAAGAACAGGGCUCUUGAGGUCAUCCAUGGACGAUGGGCCAUGCUUGGUGCACUCGGGUGCAUCACCCCCGAGGUCCUCGAAAAGUGGCUCAAAGUGGAUUUCAAGGAGCCCGUUUGGUUCAAAGCCGGAGCCCAGAUCUUCUCGGAAGGCGGUCUGGACUACCUAGGGAACCCGAACCUAGUCCAUGCUCAAAGCAUUCUAGCCGUGCUCGGAUUCCAGGUGAUCUUGAUGGGUCUCGUUGAAGGGUUCCGAAUCAACGGUCUAGACGGGGUUGGAGACGGAAACAACCUGUAUCCAGGCGGGCAAUACUUCGACCCGUUGGGGCUAGCUGAUGACCCAGUGACAUUUGCUGAGUUGAAGGUGAAAGAGAUAAAGAAUGGAAGACUUGCAAUGUUCUCAAUGUUUGGGUUCUUUGUGCAAGCCAUAGUUACAGGGAAAGGUCCAUUGGAGAACUUGUUGGACCAUUUGGACAACCCUGUGGCUAACAAUGCAUGGGUCUAUGCCACUAAGUUUGUGCCUGGUUCAUAAGGCUAUGUGACAUGGUUGGGGGAGAAUGUGUAGAUUAUUUACUAUAGUUUAAUUUUAUAUAAAUAUUUAAUUUGGUGUUUA